AUCUUUCAAUAAACAUCUGCAUUUUGAGGACAGCAGUUGCCAGCCAGUGGUGGUGGUGGUUGAUGCAAGACGCCGCCGAACACAACAGCAGCAGCAGCAGUAGUGGGAGAGAUGAUGAGCAGCUUGAGUGGAUGGCAGUGGCGUGGGCUGGUGGUGGCCUUGGUGGCGCUUGUGGCUGCCAACUGGCUCAAGCCAGCUCCGGUCAUCAAGCCUUACGAGUAUGAGAUCAUCAACGAGAUCUGGACACCCCAGGAGCAAAGUGAGCUCGCGGACAUGGUGCGCAGCUACAGCGAGUUCUUCAGCGUCAUCUCAGACCAAACACCUGCCACGGACAACAUCGGCGAGGCCGUACCGUACGAUCCUGAGAAAGGAUGCACGCAUCCGCUCAUGGUCCCGUCUCGCAACGGAUCCCACUGCAUCCUUGCCCCACGCCUGGACAUUGGCAGGCAUUAUGUCCUGACGGGCGGCAACACGGGACUGAAGGAGUCGUACGACAAGCUGGUGAGCCGGCUCCUGUCGUUUGCGCAGUUCUUCAUUGGCAGCAACAAGGACGCUCUGGCCCAAAACAUUCCCUUGAUUGAUAAGCUGUUUGAGAGCCCCGCAUACAAGAAGGCCGUGGACAAGGUCUGCCCGGGACACCCGUACCUCGACCCGUUCCAACUCGGAGUUAUUGUGCAAAUCCCUGGGCAGACGGUUGCCAUGCACUACGAUGCACCGUGGUUCUGGGGCGCUGACCGCAUGCAAUAUCCAAUCUGGUUGCUCGUCGUCAUGCACGCCUCGGGCCUCUUCCACGACAUUGACCUCCCACAGAUUCAGGGUGUGGCCUACAUUCAUCCGUGGAAGGUGGAUAACAUGACGGACGCAGACAUUGCAUCCACCUUUGGAGGCUCAUUCUUCUUUCAUCAUGAAGGCCCUGAGCGCGCUCCAGGGCGCCUUGCCCCACGCCCAGGCUCCGCUAUCCUUCUCGACGGCUCCAAAUGCAUUCAUGGCACCGAUCUUUACCUUCCCCCUGGCACCACGGAUGCACCCAUGAUGCAAAAGGACAGCAAGCCGAGCCUUGUGUACUCCUCGAAGAACACCCCGACCACCCCCACCCGGGACACGCUGUGGAACGUUGUGGCCGACGGCAAAGUCGUGACGACAUACAAGUUCUCAGACCUGCGCAUCGCCCUGGUGUGGCGGUCAAAGUGCUUUGCAUCCAAGGAAGAGAAGCGGCGUUACGACAACACCCCUCCCCUUGAGCUGUCUGCCAUCCUGGAGCGGCUGCGGGCGGAUCUCGUGAAGCGAAACCGCAUCGACAAGGACGCCGUCAUUGCGCCCAUCGACUUUGCGACGCUGCUGCUGAACGAGUACGUCAACUACCCGCUCCCGCGCAACACGUGGAUGCCGUACAACUACUGUGCACUUCCGCGCCUCUUUGGCGAGAAGCAGGGUGGCAUUAUCACCUCACUCCUCAAGCCCUUUUGCACCUAAACCCGCUGCGUGUUUCGCGUGUGCUUGCACCGGAUGUUGCUCUUUCACUCAGUUCUUCCUUCCUUCCCUCCUUCCUUCCCUCCCUUGCUUCCUUACCUCUGUCCUGUCAUGUGUUUGCCUUUGGUUACCCUGUGGCUGCUCUUUCCCAGUAAGCAAGCUCCUGUUCUUUCUCUAUACAUCAACAGCUGGUGCUGUUGCUUCCUCAACCGCUUGCUCCCGCCCCUUCGUCUUGCUUCCUUCUCUGUCUUCGUCGCCAUUCUCUUUGCGUUCGCUUGCAGUUUCGUUGUGACAAUCGUAGGUUUUGUUGCCCCACCCUUUCGUGGCCCACGUGCUUCUCUCAUCUCUCACUCUUCGCAGCGCGGCUUGUUUCGUUGACAUUACACCCCGAGUUUUGAUUCAUUCACAAGGGAGAUACGACCCGUGCUGCACAUGUACAUGUGGUCUGAAGGAGGGAGG